UUUUCCUCCAAUUCUCACAUCAAAAACAAAAACCCAAACAUCGUCUCUCUUCUUCCAAUAGUUUUUCGUCAAGGCUCUCGAUUCCAAUUCUCUUUAACUCAAUCGAAAGAUGCAGAUCUUCGUGAAAACUCUUACCGGGAAGACCAUCACCUUGGAGGUGGAAAGCUCAGACACAAUUGAUAAUGUCAAGGCCAAGAUCCAGGAUAAAGAAGGGAUCCCUCCCGACCAACAGAGGCUUAUCUUUGCUGGAAAACAGCUUGAGGAUGGCCGUACACUUGCUGAUUACAACAUCCAGAAAGAGUCUACCCUUCACCUUGUCCUUCGGCUGAGGGGUGGUAUGCAGAUCUUUGUAAAAACACUUACUGGAAAGACGAUCACCCUUGAGGUGGAAAGCUCCGACACAAUCGAUAAUGUCAAGGCCAAGAUCCAAGACAAGGAAGGGAUUCCUCCAGACCAACAGAGGCUUAUUUUUGCUGGAAAACAGCUUGAGGAUGGCCGCACCCUUGCUGACUACAACAUCCAAAAGGAGUCUACCCUCCACCUUGUCCUUCGGCUCAGGGGUGGUAUGCAGAUCUUUGUGAAAACCCUUACGGGCAAGACAAUCACCCUUGAGGUGGAGAGCUCCGACACUAUCGAUAAUGUGAAGGCCAAGAUCCAGGACAAGGAGGGCAUACCACCAGACCAGCAGAGGCUUAUCUUUGCUGGGAAACAACUUGAGGAUGGUCGUACACUUGCUGAUUACAACAUUCAGAAAGAGUCUACGUUGCACCUUGUCCUUCGGCUCAGGGGUGGCAUGCAGAUCUUUGUGAAAACCCUUACAGGCAAGACAAUCACCCUUGAGGUGGAGAGCUCCGACACUAUUGAUAAUGUGAAAGCUAAGAUUCAGGACAAGGAGGGCAUACCACUGGACCAGCAGAGGUUAAUUUUUGCUGGGAAACAGCUUGAAGAUGGCAGGACCCUAGCAGAUUACAAUAUUCAGAAGGAGUCUACUCUCCACUUGGUGUUGCGUCUCCGAGGUGGCAUGCAAAUUUUUGUGAAGACUCUUACAGGAAAGACUAUUACUUUGGAAGUUGAGAGCUCUGAUACAAUUGACAAUGUGAAAGCUAAGAUCCAGGACAAGGAGGGGAUUCCACCAGAUCAACAGAGGCUGAUCUUCGCUGGCAAGCAGUUGGAGGAUGGGAGGACACUUGCUGAUUAUAAUAUUCAGAAAGAGUCGACCCUCCACUUGGUCCUUCGUCUGCGUGGUGGAAUGCAGAUUUUUGUGAAAACCUUGACUGGUAAGACCAUUACAUUGGAGGUGGAGAGUUCUGACACAAUUGAUAACGUUAAGGCUAAGAUCCAGGAUAAGGAGGGAAUCGCACCUGAUCAGCAGAGGUUGAUCUUCGCCGGGAAGCAGCUCGAGGAUGGGAGGACUCUCGCAGACUAUAACAUUCAGAAGGAGUCAACCCUGCAUUUGGUCUUGCGCCUUAGAGGAGGAAUGCAGAUAUUUGUCAAGACCCUGACUGGAAAAACUAUCACCCUGGAGGUUGAGAGCUCGGACACCAUUGACAAUGUGAAAGCAAAGAUCCAGGACAAGGAGGGGAUUCCCCCAGAUCAGCAGAGGUUGAUCUUUGCAGGGAAGCAGCUGGAGGAUGGUCGUACUCUUGCUGAUUAUAACAUCCAGAAGGAGUCCACUCUGCACCUUGUCCUUCGCCUCCGUGGUGGUUACUGAUUUGGGUUCUAGUACUAAAUUGCCUUUGAUGUCUAAUAUAAUAUAAUGUAUUAUUUCUUUGAACUUUUAUGUGUGCUGCCGUUAAAGCGGCAAACUAGGCUCUAUGAGACGUCUCUUUUAAGA